GAGGGUUGAGGCAGCGUUUGAGGUGGACGAAUGGUCGGCCGCAAUGAAUUGGGCAGCGGACGGGGAGGCAGCACGGGGUCUGGGCCAGUUGCUCACCCUGCAGGCCUUUCUCUGGCUGCUCCGACAGGAGGUGGAGAGGGCCACUUCUCUGCUGUCGCUUACCAAGAAGGCUGAGAGUAUGGAAGGAGUCUCGGACAGUAACAAUGUCUCAAUGGAGUCACCCAUGGCAUGUAUACCGAGUGGCCCUCUCCAAUAUCAGUCGUCUGGGGUCAGCCACACCAUCCUGGACCCCGAGAGCAUAACUCAGGCUCUGUCAACUUGGGAGGCUCUCAUGAAAGGCAAUGCGCUCUGUGUCGAGGGCAAGUGGCUGGACGCUUUGGACAUUCUCGAGGGAGUUUCCCAGCGCUGCACGUCCCGCCGAUUCCUGGCCCUGGUGCAGAACCUCAUGGCUCGCUGCUUUCAUUCCCUCACGUUGCGUGGAGACGGAUGCACGCCAUCUGUCGGCGAUCUUACGGGCUCUCCCUGCUCUUUCGUCAGCUCGGGAGGGCGAGCGCAGAGCUCCAGGCACUGGGUCUGCUCUCUAGCGCGACAGGUUCCCAGGCUGUGGAGAGUGAGGCCGAGGCGAUGGGAGGAGACUCCGUAUAUUUGUUGGGGCAGGGCCCAGAGGCGUUGCUCUGCCAGUCAGUUGUGCACGUUGCUGAGCACCUGGAGCCCACUGGGGCACUCUACCUGUUGGCCAGCAGAAGCCGCCAGUUGCUCAGGUUGGAGGAAGCGGUAGAACGAUAUGAAGAGUUAUUGGCCCUGCUGUCAGAUUCUGCUGCUGUGCAGGUAGAAGAUGUAGGCCUGACCGUUCCUAGGAUCCCUGCAUUGUACCUUGAACUAGCCUCUACCUUUCUGCAUCUGAGGAAACACGACAGAGUUAUUGCAAUUUGUGAUGAUGUAAUCAGCAAAACCAGCUGCACCAUCCCACAAAAGCUGGUUCUGGAUAUGAGGGGAGACUCCGCAGAAAUGGGGCUCCAUGUUGCCCAUUUGAACCCUUCCCGGGAGGCAGAAGACCCCGUCCUUUCAGCUUUUUUCAGAGAUUCACCCGGAGGUGAACAUUCAAGCUACCCACAAACAGUCACUUGGGACAUCGGCACCAGUCGUGCAGAUUUGAAGCAGGAUUUGGGCGACACGCGGUCGCGUGGGCAGUUGUCUGGACGUUGGGCCGAGUUUGGCUGGCUCUGGGGCCACGAGCGGACAGCGUUGCCCGCGGGAGGAGGCGCCCGCUUCAGCACGGGGAGCCGCCGCGUGCGGGAGAGUCUGCACGCCGCCCUGUGGACGGUGUCUGCGCGGGUCCUGCGCGCCGCUGCGCUGCUCGAGCUCGGCAAGGCGGACGAGGCCCUCCGGGAACUCGACAGGUCGACCGAUGAGCUCUUCAAAGUUAUCGUCAUUCCUAGCAACAAAGAUUGCUCCGUUCAGCGGGAGUUGCCACUCGAACAGCUGGCACUGAAUCUGCUCAAGAGCCUGGUGUUUGAUGGCAUCGCUGGAUGCUUGGAGACCCUGGGCAGGGACAAAGAUGCGUUGCAGUACUACAUGUGCAGCCUGCAGGCGAAUCCUGGUGGGAUGCACAGCAUGUACGGCCUGGUGCGGCUACUCAACAAGCGGAACAGGAAGGGGGAAGCAGUCGCACACUGGCUGAGCUUUAGGGGCCUCUUGGACGGUGACAUCAGGCAGAUGAAUUCCAAGGGACAAAGUCUCACGGCGAUUCCUGACCUUGGGCCAUACAACUACGUGCCAGAGCAAGUGAAGGUGCCGAGUGAGGGAGAGCUGCUGGAGAUGGACCGGGACUCCUUGCUGCACUGGGACGGCUACAGCUCGGAGGAGCGGAGAGUCCUCCGCACGUUGGCUACUGGAUUGUUGCCGUUGUCCAACUAAAUGCAAGUUAUUCUCUACUUCCUGCUGCGAGAUAAGGGCAUGGGAGCCCUUGAGCAGUGGGUCACGUGAGGUUUGUGUUAAUAUAUACGAUUGAAUGAGAACGUAAUUCUGGUAUUACUGGACUGGCUGAACCGCGCUGAUAAAUAGUAAAACAGCACGUAAGUGUCCGUACAGUUUAAUGCCGCGUUCUUUAACAUGAUAAAAGCUCAUUGACAUUCGUUACAAGCAACACCUAGAUAUCUGUUCUUGCGAUAACAAGUUGGGGCACAUCAGCAUUUGACUUCACAAGUGAAACAUUUCAACUACAGCAGGGCGAUUGAAGUCGUCAUCUGUCUGAAAUUGCACACCAUUCCGAUAGGGUUAUGUAAACUCCCACCCCAGUGGGCAGGGAGGGGCAACGGAGGGUAGUGAACAACCCAACUGAAACACGAGCUUGUGCCAGGUACUGCUUUGCAGGUAGGUAUGGGAGUUAGCAAUUUAAUGUUUUUAGAUGAUUUUGCUGCUAUAAAUGUCCACAUGAUAAGCCACUUUGUUGAGCUAUCAUUUGUGGCCUGGUUGCUUCUGAAAAAGAAAUUAAUAGUUCAGUGGGCUUUACCUGGUAAGGUAAAAAGAUUGUUUACUUUUAUAUUUUUAAGCGGUGUUUACCUUUCCUAUACUCUGCACCCCUUUUGUGUUUUUGUAUCUUUGUGUUUGUAACGUUCUAACUCGCCCCUACUGGACAUCUGUGAAAAGAGCUUUAUAGCGCAUCGCAU